UCCACAGCUAAGGACUGAGAAAUUAAGUCACUGCAGUAACAUGGCUGAAGCUGGAGAUCUCCUGGAUGAAGACCAGUUUAACUGUUCGGUGUGUCUGGAUCUACUGAAGGAUCCAGUCACUAUUCCCUGUGGACACAGUUACUGUAUGGGCUGUAUUAAGGGAACCUGGGAUCAGGAGGGCAAAGCUGGAGCCAACAGCUGUCCUCAGUGCAGACAGACCUUCGCACCAAGACCUGUUCUGAACGUAAAUGCUGUGAUGGCCGAAGUGCUGAAGAAACUGAAGAAGACUGGAGUCGAGACUCCUUCUCCUGAUAACUGUUAUGCUGAGCCUGGAGAUGUGGUGUGUGAUGUGUGUACUGGGAGGAAGAACAAGGCUAUCAAGUCCUGUCUGGUGUGUCUGGCCUCAUACUGUGAAACCCAUCUAAAACUUCACAACAAGCUCAACCCAGGAAAGAGACACAAGUUGAUUGAUGCCACUGGAAAACUGCAGGACAAGAUCUGCUCCCAUCAUGAUAUUGUGUUACAGGUUUACUGUCGCACUGAUCAGCAGUGUAUCUGUCUGCUGUGUACAAUGGAUGAACACAAGGGGCACGAUACAGUUUCCAUCGCUGCAGAGAGGAGCGAGAAACAGGAACAGCUGGGAUCCUUACAAAAGAAAUUCCAGAAAAAAAUCAAGGACAGAGAGGAGGAGCUGCAGGAGCUCAGACAGGCUGUGGACUCACUCACACGCUCUGCAAAGGAAGUAGUUGAGGACGGCGACAGGACCUUCACCGAGAUGAUCCGCUCUCUUGUGCAAAGACGCUCUGAGCUGAAGGACGUGAUCAAAGCCCAAAAAAAAGCUGCAGUGAGUGAGGCUGAAGGUCUCCUGGACCAACUGGAGAAGGAGAUUGAUGAGCUGAAGAAGGGAGAUGCUGAACUGGAGCAGAUUUCACACUCAGAAGAUCACAUCCAUUUCCUCCAGACUUUUCAGUCUCUGUGUUCCCCCCCUGGAUCUGAAGAAUUACCCAGCAUCAAUAUCAAUCCAAAGUGCUCUUUUGAGGACGUGAAGAAAACUGUUUCCCAACUGAAAGAGCAGCUGGAAAAUUUAUCCCAAAAUGAAUUGGCAGAAAUUUCUAAACAAGUGACUGAACUCUCUAUUUUUUUACCACUAAAUCCCAAGACUCGAGAGGAAUUCUUACAGUACACCAGUUCAGUCACACUGGAUGAAAAUACUGCAAGUACCAGCCUGCGUCUGAACGGAGACAAGUAUGUUGCUGCAGGACAAACCCAGUCACGUCCUAAUCACGCCGAGAGAUUUGUGAAUCUUCCACAAGUGCUCUGUAGGGAGGGUCUGACUGGAUGCUGCUACUGGGAGGUUCAGUGGAGUGGAAAUGGUGGAAUUGAUAUUGCAGUGGCCUAUAAAGGGGUCAAUAGGAAAGAAGGAGUUGGAAACUUCAGAUGCAAUGAUAAAUCCUGGAGUUUGUUCUGCUCUCCAAACAGUUACUAUUUCUAUCAUAAUAGCAAAUCAGCUGUAUUACCUUUUACCCGUUCCUUCAAAAUAGGAGUUUACCUGGACCACAGGGCAGGAGCUCUGUCCUUCUACAGUGUUUCUGGCACCAUGACCCUCCUCCAUAGGGUCCAGACCACCUUCACUGAGCCCCUCUAUCCUGGGUUUUCAUUAUACUCAAAUAGUUACGUCCAGUUAUGAUUCAUCCAUUUCUCCAAUUACAAUAACCACUUAUUCUGAUCAUGGUUGUGGUGAUCUGGAGGAUUUUCCGAAAUCAUUGGACUAAGGCUGUGGGGGCGGGGGGUACACACCUUGGACAGGACGCCAGUCCACCACAGGGUAUGAUUGUGAUUCAUAUGACAUGAAUGACAUGUGGAGUAAGAGCCAGUAAACUGGCAUUAAGUGGAGAAUAAUUUAGUAAGAAUGAAUAUGGUCAUAUUCUCUAAAUGGUUUACAAAAGCAAAUACACUUUGUCUUGAAGCAGUAAAUCAAUUUUCUAUUUAUUAGAUUUUUCUAAGACUUCUUAGAUUAUGUGAAUUUAUGUACCAUAUGCAUGCUUUGGGUAGGGUGGCACAGUGGGUUUGGCUGGUGCCCACUGUGUGGUGGGUCUGGGGGUCCGAG